UCAAAGUGAAUGUGACUCUGGAUCCAGACACGGCAGGUCCUGAACUCAUCCUCUCUGAGGACCUGAAAGGUGCCAGAUGGGGAAAACCAAGUCAGAAGAUGCCUGACCGUCCGGAGAGAUUUGACACUGAUCCCUGUGUGUUGGGCUGUGAGGGAUUCACCUCGGGGAGACACUACUGGGAGGUGGAGGUGGAUGGGAUGUUCUGGACUGUGGGUGUGGCCAGAGAGUCUGUGAGGAGGAAGGGACAUAUUGUCUUUCGACCCAACACGGGAGUCUUGGGUUUGCAGAAAUAUGAUCACCUCUGCGUGGCGCUCACCAGCCCUUCCAACACCUAUGUGCCCCUCAAAAAUAACAACAAUGAGAUUGGCGUCUAUCUGGACUAUGAACUGGGGCGAGUGUCAUUUUAUGACCUCAGCAACGAGGAGCUGCUCUUUGCUUUCCCGCCGGUCUCUUUCAAUGGGGAGAGAGUUUUCCCUUACUUUUUGUGUAUUUUUGUCCCACAUAAAACUGUCUCCCAGAGGGUGAUGCAUGGCUGUAAUCCCAAGAAACUGGAUUCUCUGGCCAGUGGUGUCAUAGUCUCUAUGAUCCUAGAGGUUCUUGCUGAACCUCUUGUAGCGUCCAUUGCCCUACACUCUAUGACCCUGGAGGUUACAAUGUUCUUGUUGAACCUCUUGUAGCUUCCAUUGCUCUACGCUCUAUGACCCUGGAGGAUUACAAUGUUCUUGCUGAACUUCUUCUAGCUUCCAUUUCCCUAAGCUCUAUGAGCCUGGAAGACAACGUCUUUUCUGUAGAGCUGCUCUGAGCUACCUUAUUAGUUUCCAUGCCUCAGGAGGACUCCCAUGUUUCCUCACAGAAAAUCCUAGGCUCUCAAUCCUGGUCUCUAUGGCUCCACAAGGAGUACAAUGUUGUUGCAAAGUCCCAUUUAGCUUGCUAUUUUCUAGUCUCUAUGCUCCUGUCAGAGUCCCAUGUUCCUUCAGACCCCCUGCUAACUCUCUGUCUGCAAACUGGACCACCCUGAAGUACAGAACGUGACACUUUUUAAUGGCAGAAAUUAAGGAAAGAAAAUCCUGAGUGGGUGUCUCGAUUCAGCCUGUAUUACCGUUGUGACAGAUAUUGCAAACACACACAGCCUCUUUGGGAGCGGUUGUUUCCACCUGAUAAAUGCAACAGAGGGUCCUGUGGCACCUUUGAGACUAACAGAAGUAUUGGGAGCAUAAGCUU